UCGCAUGCUUUGGAGCCGAAUGAACAAUUUACCGUUUUCAGUAGAAGCAUGCUGUCGCUGUUUUCUUGCCUUUUGCUGAUUCUUUCGGCGUUAUUUUUAGCAGUACCUAUGGCUUCAGGCAAAGCGAAGCACCAACUGAAACACGAUACGACGGAUGCGUUUAAGUUGCUUGAGGUCUUUCCAUAUGCCAUUGCGCUGUUUGAUGCGGAUCAAGAUGGGGAUCUUGAAUGUGUGAUGAUGUUGAAAGAACAUCUUGAUCAGAACAAGAAGACUACGUCAUAUGUGAUGCUUCUGCCACCACUCAACGGACGACCAGCAGAGAAUCACACUUACCACGCAAGAGAAGGAGCAGCGCCUGACAAACUUCUCUUCACCUUGGAUGAUGGAGUCGAUGAGCAAUCGGUAAACUUCAUAUACACUAAUUAUAAGAAUUGUGUCGUUGUGGAUAUCCCAUUCAAGAACAAACAAAGCUGUGGCCUGUGGGUCAAGAAAGAUGCGCUGCACAGUCUCCCGCAGGAAUGCCUCGACCAGUUUGAGGACAACUGCGACAUGGCGUUCUCACGCUUCGACGACGAAACGUGCAAGGGACUUUUCGACAAUGUCUAGCGCGCUCCUCACGAGCGUUUAUUCCCAUGAGCCUUGAGUCAUAAAUACCGCAUUAUAAAUUGCCACCUAU